AUGCGAAAUUUUGAUCUGGAAUUCCAACAAAUGAUGACAAAAGUAAAUAACUUAACACAAAGCUUUAAAGGUAAUUUAUCGUCAGCGAAUGUUGCGAAAUUGUCAAAUUUAUUGGUGACUGGAUUAGAUAUAGGGGAUAGAAAAAUUCUAACUAUGCAAAAAACAUCUAGCCUAGUCGAAGAUAAGCUUAUGCGUUUAGAAAUCAGUAAGAAGGAAUAUUUGACCUCAAUAAAAGAACCCAAAGUUCCCAACCUACGUAUUAAAGAUAAACAGAAAACAAGUAGUUGUUCAAAAGAACGACGCUUACCUAGUGAAAGUACUAGUACUGCAACAAAAGAACUAAAAAACCGCAACAUUGAUAGUGAACCCAACAAUGGUUUACAAAUAUCAAAACGACCACAACGGAACAAAACCAAUGACCCAGAUUAUACAGUAAUUUCUGAUAAUGUAGUUGUAAAUUCUUCGUUAAAUCGACAUACUCCUUUACCGAGGGCCACUGCGACAGCACAAUUACAAUCUCAAGUGACAUUUAAACAAACAACUCAGAAAACAGAAAAAUCAACUAAAAAGAAACUCAAAUUUAAGAAAAACCAGAAAUAUAAUUCUCCCUCAACGGACGAUGAUAAAGAAAUAACUGUCGAUCUUGAAAAACGAACCAAAAUGAAGCGCAAAUAUAAAAAACAAGAAAAAUAUGAUUCUCCGUCAUCAGGCAAUGAUGAAGAAAUACCAGUUGAUUUUGAAAAACAAACUAAACAGAAGCGCAAAUAUAGGAUACAAAGGAAAGAUAAUCCACCUUUAACGAACGAUAAUAAUGAAAUACCUAUCGUUUCUGAAAACCCAACUAAAAUGUUGUGCAAAUAUAAAAGAAAACAAAUUGUUACUUCCCCUUCAACGAACAAUGAUGAAAAAAUACCAGUCGAUCGUGUAAAACAACCUAUACGGAUGUGCAAAUAUAAGAAACAACAAAAAUAUGAUACUUCUUCAAUGGACAAUGACAAAGAAAUACCAGUCGAUAUUGAAAAACAAACUAAACAAAAGCGCAAAUAUAAAAAACAAGGAAAGGAUAAUUCACCCCAAACAGACGAUAAAGAAAUACUUGUUGAUCCCGAUGAACCAACAUACUGUCUUUGCGAUCAGAUAUCUUAUGGUGAGAUGAUAUGUUGUGAUAAUGAUUUGUGUCCAUUAGAAUGGUUUCAUUUUUCUUGCGUUUCAUUAUCAACAAAACCGAAAGGAAAAUGGUUUUGCCCCAAGUGUCGUGGAGAUCGAACUAAUAUAAUGAAACCUAAAGCACAGUUUCUUAAAGAAUUAGAACUUUACAAUAAAGAAAAAGAAGCUUAA